GGUCCUGUCCCCUUCCAUCCUGCUAUAUUUACUUUUACUGUUAAUGAUAUUUUUGGCGGGUUCUCGGAGCUGGGCGUGGCCUCAGCUCCCCCCUCCUUCAGUGGGCGUGGUCUCAGGCCCCCCUACUUUCCUCCCGACCACACCCUUCCCUCCCUCCAUCUAGCGACUCGGCCAUGGCGUGUGCAGCCCCACUGCUCCCGCUGCUCCUGCUGCUGCUGCUGGGAGACCCCGCGGCGGGCCAGGGCGGCGACUUCGACCUGUCACAUGCGCUAGACGGGCCGAAGAAACCGACCCCAGGGACAACCAAAGCGGCACCCAAAAAACCAGCAGGUGACCUAGACCUGAAGGAUUCACUGGGAGGAGAUGGUGGAAUUUCUGACACAGACCUGGAAGACGUGGUGGGGACAGGAGGUCGAGGAGCUGGAGGGGGCGGGGCCAGACGCGAUGACCCGGAAGCAGGAGGAGGCCCUGCCCAGGAGGCCGUGAUCCCUGGGGUCGUGGCAGCCAUCUUGGCGGCAGUUGCAGGCGCUGUAUCGAGCUUCGUGGCCUAUCAGCGGCGGAAGCUAUGCUUCCGGGAGCGUGACUCCGCUGUGGUCUAGGGAAGGAACCCCUAGAGAACCCCAGGGGCCCCGGCUCCACCCAGCCGUGUGGCGUCACCGGGAACUUUUCCAAUGACGUCACAGCGACCAUCUGCGAUGAUGUCAUGAAGCCGCCACCCAGCUUCCCUCCUGCGUGGUCAGGAGGGGGUGUGAGGGGCCUCCCAGCCGUUGCAGUGACAUCUACACAGUGCCAAAGCCCGACUCCGCCCUCUGUUCUGAGGAGAGAAAAAGAGGAGUCCUGGUGCCUUAUGGGAUAUGGGGGGGGUGGGAGUGUGGGUGGGACUGGGAACACAGAAGUGAAAUAAACGUGACUUCCAUAA